CGGAGACCACCCGGCAUGGUCCAGCCUGUCGUGACACUACAACUCCCCGCAUGUUGUCAGCCGGAAGGUGAAGGAUCGUACACUGUCCUGAUGGAGAGAUCCAAGCUGCCUGUGCUGAGAGGUCAAGGGUCAGACCUUCCUCUUCCCAGCGCCAAGAAGCCUUGUCCUCAGAAGCCGACUCCAUUCGAGAGCAGGGACCCCAACAUCGCCUUCUCCUCUGCCGCUCCCAACUUUGUGUUUAAGGCCGGAGGUAAUGGAAAGAAGAUGGCCGUGUUAAAGAAAACUGGCCCUCCUGUACGGGGCCCGAUACAGAACCGGUACAGAAUGGAGACUGAGCUAAAGGAGAAGAAUCAAUUAUUGGAAGCGGCGAACGCCAAUUUAUAUAACAAUCUGAGCCUGGCGCAGAAGACAAUUGAAGAGAUGUCUGAGCAGAAGGAUUCAAUGAAGGAAGAGCUGAAGGAGCUAGAGAGACGUCUGGAGAAAAGCAUGAUCAUUCUGGAGAGCAGGAACAUUGACCCAGGUAAUGGGACGGUAUAG